UCCACUAGACAUUUAGCCUCGCCGUCAGCGACGCAGCGAUGGCAGAGAUUACACAUCGUUUCGAUGUGGACAAACCGCUGAGAGAAGGAUAUCUCUUCAAAGAAGGCGGCAGCACGAAAUCGUGGCACAAGCGUUACUUUGCUCUCUAUCCCGGUGUGCUCGUCUACUACUACAAGUUCUCUUAUUACAAGAAAGACAGAGAGAAAGGAAACUUGAAGCACAAGAUCAAUGAGAUCUCACUCGAACAGUGUUCGACGACGACAACUGACUGGCAGCCGCGUCCACACAUGUUUGUGCUGCAUACUUGCACCGAGGAGACGAGAAACAAACGAAAUCGUUAUGUGUUGAGUGCUAGAAGUGCUGAGGAUAAAGAUUUGUGGAUAGCUGCUUUGACACGUCAGUCUCCAGUGCCAGGAGCAUCAGAGACACCAGAGCUGGUAAAAGUGGAUGUUGGAAAUAGAAAUACUGUAAGCAACUCAGAAGAUGACGAAGACAGUGAAUUUAAUGAGGAUGAUGCUAAUCCUGAUCACAGACAUAGUGUUCGAACAGGAACAGAAUUAACAUACGAACUGAUAGCAGCACAUACUGCUGCUGCAACUUUGAGUGAUGAAGACAAUGACAUUCCAGGUUAUGCCAAAGUGAUAAAAACAAAAGCAGCAACUAUCCCAUUUUCGAGAGAUUCAGUUGUUGAUGUAGAGUUUGAUGUUGAAAGUAUACAUGAAGGAACAACAUCUGUGCAAUCUGCUAUUCGGAAAGUUGAUAUAGAGGUCGAGUCUGAUACCUCCACAACAGAUGUAGAUAGUCAAGAUGAAAUUCAGAUAGCUACUGAUACGGCAACCAGCAGUGAGUCUGAAGAAGAUGAGCCAUGUCCAAAGGAACAAUGUCAACAGAUACAGAGACACGCAAUAGUUGAGGAUGAGACUGAUUCGCGACAUUGCCAGGAGAGUUAUCACUUAUCCAAUACUGACAGCAAAUUAGUCCCCAUUGUGACCAAUGACAACAGUGUCAUAAUUGAAGACAGUGUGGUUUCUACAAAUACAUCUCAAGCGUCUGAACUGAAUAGCAUUCCACUGCAACGAGAGGAAUAUGCUGCUAAUACGGUGGUCAUAGAGGGAAUAUUACAGAAACAAGGUGGUAGAUACAAGUCUUGGAAAGUUCGUUAUUUUCGUGUGUUUCCGGGAUUGCUACGAUAUUAUGCAAACAAAGAUACUGCUGUUUGUCUUCAUGAAGUUAAGCUCGAUGGAGCAAGGGUGCUGAUUGGUCCAACAGAACAAACCAGGUGGCCAUAUCACUUCACACUGCAGACAAAAAGCUACUGGAAUAAGAGAAGUGAUUACGUGAUGGCAGCGUCAUCUGAAAGUGAAAGACAAGACUGGAUUACAGCAUUGAAGAGAGCCAGCAAGAUGAAAAAGAAAGCUGAAUUCGGAAAUUAUGAUGACAAAAGAGGCAGGAGUGGUCUGACAAGCUCACCGGCUCAUAGUCCAAAACAGUCACCUCGCCUUGAUCGGAAAGUUAUUGCAUCUCCGUCUCAAACUUAUCAAUCUCAUUUGGUGGCAUCAUUUUCACCAGUCUCAUUGGCUCCAGUUGUGUGUAAAGAUACGGUAAAUGUUGCCAGUACGAAGGUAGCUGCAUCUCCAGUGUUAUCUGUGAAGUCAUCUUCAAGCCAUCCACAUGGACAAGACAUGAGUGCAGCAACAGCAAGCUUAAAGGCUGCAGCUGCUUAUCACGAUUCUUCAGAUUUAAGGAAAGAAUUUACUGGUGCCAAAGUUGAUCUUUAUGCACCUGAUAAGAGCAAAGGAUGGCCACCACUCUCAACCAUGAAGUUGAGGAGUAUUGAUGAAACAGCAGAACGUCAACUUAAAGAGAAAAAACAGCACUCUAAACCAAAUCUUAGACAUCUUGUUUCUAAGCAGAAGCAGAGAUAUCUUGACAAUGAAUUUGAUCUUGAUCUCACAUAUGUCUCUGACAAGAUUAUUGCAAUGGGAUUUCCAUCAGAAGGUGCUCAGUCAGUAUACAGAAACAAGCUUGCUGAUGUCCAGAGAUUACUGGAUGCCAAACACAAAGGUCACUACAAGUUAUACAACUUAUGCUCUGAAAGGGCAUAUCCUGCUAACAAGUUCUACAAUCGAGUUGCUUCAUAUCCAUUUGAUGACCACUGUGCUCCAACACUCCCUCUUGUGUCUGCGUUCUGUGAAGAUGUGCAUUUGUGGCUAACUCUGCAUCAAGACAACGUUGCAGUGGUCCACUGUAAAGCUGGGAAAGGCAGAACGGGGUGUCUCAUUUCAGCAUAUCUUCUUCAUGUUGGAGCGUUUUCCACUGCUGAGGAUGCCUUAGCAUACUUCGGAGAGACACGUACCUACAACAAAAAAGGUGUCACCAUACCAAGUCAGAAGCGGUAUGUGAAGUAUUACGAGGAUUGUUUGAGAUUGGGCAUCCCCACAACUCAGCAAGUUCCACGGCAACUGGAAAAAAUAAGGAUGUUUACUGUGCCAAAUGUUGACUCUCUUGGAGGAUGCAAUCCUUACUAUAUCAUCUAUGAGAACAAUGAACUGAAAUACACUUCAAAAAAGCCAGACCAAGGUGUAGAUAAAGAGAAGGGCAACAGGAUUGUCAUCCACAACUGUGACGUCCAACUAACUGGUGAUGUUCAACUUCAGCUGUGGGAUUAUGAUCGCUUUCAAAAUGGUAAGCAUCUGUGCUCAAUCUUUUUCAACAGUAUGUUUAUUGAUGAGAACAAUAAGCUCUUCCUCAAACGACCAGAGAUUGACAGAGCGUGCAAGAAGAAAAGAAAGGAGUUUUCGGAUGAUUUCUGUCUUGAGCUAGUAUUUCAUGAAAUAACGCAAGCUAAGAGCCAGUAACUCCAGCAACCGCCAUAGUUUUGUGCCAUGUACAGUUCCACAUG